GGUGCUACUGAAGCCAUCGUUUAAUCAAAAGGAUGUUCAAACUAUUGCUCUUGCUGUUGUGUUUGGCGUUAUUCGAUAUUCAAGUUAAUGGAUUCAAACACUAUGUAGCUUACAAACGAAAGAUUAAGUUCUUUUCCGCUUGGCAACAAUGUCGACUUUACAACGGCCAUUUGGCUUCAAUUGAGACACCCGAUGAGAAUGCGCGGGUCGCACGAGCGAUUAAGGCCGUAGGAGAUAUUACCGACGAUUGGUACAUUGGGGGUACCGAUAUAGGUUUUGAAGGUAGAUUUGUUUGGAUCGGUUUAAACAAAAUAGCAUCAUACUUAAAUUUUAAUCCCGGUGAGCCCAAUAACAAUAAAAACGAAGACUGCCUCGUCAUGAAAGGAUCGAAGACAGGUGAAAAGUGGAGCGACGUAUCUUGCGAGUAUGAAGCAGAAGGAUUCGUUUGUGCGUUUAUUGUAUAGGGACAACAUUAACCAUGGAAUAUUAUUUUAACACAUCAUUCUACAUAAGCAAAAAUAAAUACAACGAAAC